GAUCGCCCUCUUUCAUCCUGUCCUGGUUAGUGUAUCACUGCCCUUCCCUCAUCCUACCCCAUGUGGCUUUUCCUUCCUUUUACCAUACGCUGCGAAGCGCCGCGAACGCAUUUGGUGGCCUUACCUGCCGGCUCGCAAUAAUCCAACGAACGCACCACCGUCAACGUUUAUUCGCUAUCGAACACUCGACCUGUACGGAGUGUGUGGGCUGCCCGCGUCAUCCGUAUCAGAACAGGUAGCGCUUACAUAGCGGUGCUGCUCGGGAACUGCUAGCGUGGUCACAUAUAGGCGCAUGUGCGCGCAAUCGCCACCACACAGAGAGCUGAAACCAUCACGGUGACUUCAACGCAGCACGGACGACGAACCGCGGAUGGAAUACGUAGAAUAUCACUUCGUGAUUGUCAUCUGCCUUUAGAAGUAGCUAACUGAAGGCAUUAACACCGGGAUACAGUACCGGGAGGAAGGCACACACAAAAAAAAAACAAUACAGGGUAACAGCGUACGGAAGCGCUGUUGACGAUUUUCCGCAGUUCGCGAUUCAAAAUAUAAAAACGGACGGACGUACGCGGACACGAGCAACGCUCUCUACCAAAUCACAAUGGCUGAUCACAAUGAAAACUUUGCACCAAAUGCGGACCUGGGUGGCUCAUCGGAUCACACCAAGCAAACACAGCAGCCACCAACCACCAUCGGUACGAAAGGUGAUCAAACGCAACCCACCGGAAGCGUCAGUUCCUUCUCGAGGGAUACGAAGCGAGAGGCUAGCUGGCCAUCGGUACUGUUCUACAUACAUCUAAACAUUCUAGGCGUGUACGGAAUUUUCGUUUUAUUUUCUCAUACCUCAGUGAUAACGUGUGUCUUCACAUUCUUGCUCACAUUAUGCGGUAUCUUGGGCGUCACGGCUGGGGCCCACCGUCUAUGGGCGCAUAGAACGUACGAAGCCACCACAUUGCUCCGCUUCACGCUGAUGAUCUUCCAAACACUCGCCGGACAGGGCUCCAUCUACGACUGGGCACGCUUACACCGGCUACAUCACGAAAAGUACCGUACCGUGGACGAUCCUUACUAUAGCGAUAAGGAUUUCCUUCACGCCCAGGUGUUUGCCAACAUACGCAAGCUAAGCCCACAACAGGAGAAGCUGCUGGAAAAGAUCGAUAUGAGUGACCUAGAGUCAGAUCGGAUCGUUAUGUUUCAGCGGCGCUUCUACUGGCUGCUGUAUUUGGUACUUUUCGUACUGCUGCCGAUCAACGCACCGCUCGAAUACUGGGGCGAUACCGUACAGGCGGCCAUCUUUGUAGCAUUCUCGUUACGCUAUCUGAUCGUACUGAACGUUGCCUGGCUGAUCAACUCGUCCCACUUUGUCUGGGGUCUCGACAAAAGCCAUAAGCAGUCGGAUUCCAACAUGGUGUUCCUGGUAACGAAGAGCUAUUGGCCGCAGUAUCACUAUCUGCUGCCGUUUGAUUAUCAAAGUGGCGAGUUUGGGAACUAUGGUUCCGGGUGUACUACCGCGUUUAUACGCAUCUGUGCUGCUACUGGACAAGCUGAAAAGCUGCAAACCAUGACCACCGAGGCAGUCAAGCGAGGGCUCACGAUGGCAGUCAAUAGUGGCAAACCGAUCGUCGAGUGUCUCAAGCAGGCCGGUGCCGAAGAUAUGUGCAAUCUGAAACGUGAACACUAUCUCCAAAGUGAACGACUUCACUAGCAACCGGGUUGGGGUGACAACUAUUUUACCUUAUAAGUGCCUUUCCCUCAGGUCCUCCCACCAAAUACCAGUGCAUAAUGAAAGAUUAAUAAUUUAUUGCUUGCUCAUCAAAGCACAUUGGCUUACCAGUUGCCAUAUGACAGAUAUGUUAUUUUGUUCUAUACAAUCCCUUCGGUGCUGAUUGCAUCGGCACUUUGUUGCAACUUCAUCUGCAAUGUCGCAUUGCAAGUGAAUGUUCUCGUAUCUAUUUGUAGUUAAGCUUCUGGUUGGCGUUAGGUCUGAUGUCAUUCCAUUGCGGACAGAGAAUCAAAAUCAAACGCUUCUUGUCAGUGGCGGAUCAGGCCCUUUGGAGGCAAUAGGCGGAAGAGUUAUUCGGAGGGAGUGGGGGUGGUCUAUCAACACAAAAUUGCUGAUCGGGAGGGGAAGAGGGCGGGGGAGAAGUUUAUAAACUGACGACUGCCAGAAAUUGUUGUAUCAAAUAAUUAUAUUAAAAAUAUUAAUUCAGAUAUUUGUUAUGGAACGUGGUUCACUUUCCUGUGGAUAAACGAUAGUUUGUGCGCAGGAGACUUUACUUUCAUAAACCACAGAACUUAAUUUACUUUAGAAGACAAUACUUCUUCUUCACGGCCCCUUUGCUUUGACUCAUUGCCAUUUUCUUUUUUUCUCUCUCUGACAUACACACGAAUUAAAAUACACAAAUUCACGUAAUAAGCAUUAAGCUCAUUCAGAAAAGGACAUAAUUUUCUUUCACCAAGAAAAACGGCCGACACUUGCAUUUUUUUUUCUGUGCACAAAAGCACAUCCACACUUCGACACGCAUUUGGCACAUUUAAAACUCCAAACUUGCCUACCAUGGCUACAUUUUUCAAUACACACAUUCACAAACACAAACGUAAAUAAUUUGCGAGCUUAGUACACGCACUGAGUUUAAAUUUCCUUACACUCACACACGUAUCCUCGCAGCGUUAGCGUACAACAAACUUCGCUGACCACAAUGAUGGCCUUAACUUUGGUGUAAGAACUCAAGAAUGUAUAUUGCCUGCGCAGGUGCGCGAGAUGGAAUAAUCUUGUUUGCGCUUAACUUAUCAACUUUACUUAUGACUUAUUAAAUUUUCGAAAGAGUUCAUAAGAAGGCAAACACACUACCUCCUUCUUCAUUAGGAUCCUUCACUUUGCUUAAUCGUUUUUUUUUCAAGCUUUACCGUUUUCGUACCUUUUCCUUACAAAAAAAGACAUAAUUUAAUUGAUUUAAAUUACAAAGAGCGAUGAAAAUUUUGCACAAUUCGUACACGUGCGAUCACAAUUGUCACUGCUUUACAUCACAUCAACACACGAAUUGAUAUACUAACCGUUCUUUGUUAGUCAGAUCAAGGAAUAAGAUCCACGAGGAUCACUUUUUGGCACCCAGGAAAAAAAAACUCUUGCAACAUUUUCUGUACACAAAGGGCGCUAUCCACACAGUACCGAAAGCUUUUUUUUACAACACGAACGUAUCGCUGUACGAUCGCUACUGAUCACACUGUCCCCUUAUCUCAUGAUCAUUAUCGUUAUCUGCUUCAUUACCACGACACUUCUCUCAUUCUUUCACAAACACACUAUGUGCUCCUCAUUUAGAGACGAAUGAAAAAAAGCUUCGUAAAAACUAAUUCACCAACUCUCCGUUCUUCUCGAUCAAAUCCGUUCUUACAUUUAUGGCUUGGAAAAUGUAGGCAUAUGAACUCUUUUUAAGAACAUCCUGUUGUAAUAAACCCUGUUGCGGUGAUUAGUAGGAAAACUCUUUAAAGGAGCAUAAGUUCGAUCUUGUGCCAAUGAAUUGCUUAACAAAGGGGCCCCUCUUCCAUAUCAGCGUGUAAGUGAGUGUGCCGUAGCUAGAAGAAAGUACUCCUUCUGUUACCAAACGUUCAUACACAUUUCCGUUCUUGGAGGCAUCCCUGACCGGCGGCCGCCUACUCCGCCUACCGUUAGAUCCGCCACUGUUGCGCGCGUGUGGAUACUGUAUAAACGAAGGGAUCCAACAUCCAGAUACGAUUAGAUGACAAUUUAUGCAUGGGGAGGACUAGUUGUGAAAUAAAAUAAACCAAAUUAAAUUACACCAUUA